UACACCACACCAAACCAAAAAGUAGUACUACACAGCACUAAAAUAAAAAAAUAAAAAUUGAAGCCAAUGAUGCGCCUUCACAAAGUCUAUCAUCGUCUCUCUCUCCUCUCUGUCUCCGCUCGCUCUUCACCUUCCAUUUUCUCUCUCUCUCCUCCCGUUAUCCUCAAACUCCGUCCCGUUAACGCCGUUAGGUCCCUCAACUCCACCUCCAUGUCUGCCUCUAAAUUCCGUUAUCUUGUCCCUAUAAACGCCGUCGCCGCCGAAGACAGCGGUGGAGCUUCUAACGGCCCCGUUUCUUCUUCUUCUUCUACUCCUCCUCCAACUGAAAGUGAAGAUGAUUUGACGUUGGGAGUUGGAUAUCGUCUUCCUCCACCGGAGAUUAGAGAUAUUGUUGAUGCUCCACCGCUUCCUGCACUGUCAUUUUCACCACACAGGGAUAAAAUACUAUUUCUUAAGCGGAGAUCUUUGCCUCCAUUGGCAGAACUAGCAAGACCGGAGGAAAAACUGGCUGGUAUUCGUAUUGAUGGAAAAUGUAAUACUAGAAGUCGGAUGUCAUUCUACACUGGUAUUGGGAUUCAUCAAUUGAUGCCUGAUGGUACCCUAGCGCCAGAGAAAGAGCUACAUGGCUACCCUGACGGUGCUAAGAUCAAUUUUGUGACCUGGUCCCAAGAUGGUCGGCAUUUAGCAUUCAGCAUCCGAGUUGAAGAGGAAGAAAACAGUAGCAGUAAGCUUAGAGUGUGGGUUGCUGAUGUGGAAACAGGGAACGCUAGACCUUUGUUUCAGUCACCCGAUAUCUGUCUGAAUGCGGUUUUUGACAAUUUUGUUUGGGUUUAUAAUUCUACUCUGUUAGUUUCCACCAUCCCCUUAUCCCGUGGAGACCCGCCAAAGAAACCUUUGGUUCCAUCUGGCCCAAAGAUACAGACCAAUGAGCAGAAAAAUAUUAUUCAAGUUAGAACCUUCCAGGAUUUGCUUAAAGAUGAGUAUGAUGAAGAUUUAUUUGACUACUAUGCCACUACACAACUUGUAUUGGCUUCUUUAGAUGGGACGGUGAAGGAAAUUGGCCCACCAGCUGUGUAUACAUCAUUAGACCCCUCCCCCGAUGGGAAGUACCUUUUAAUUAGUUCAAUUCAUAGACCAUACUCUUUCAUUGUACCGUGUGGAAGAUUUCCCAAGAAGGUAGAUUUGUGGACAAGUGAUGGGCAAUUUGUUAGGGAAAUUUGUGAUUUGCCCCUUGCUGAGGACAUUCCUAUUGCAUUCAAUAGUGUGCGGAAAGGGAUGCGCUCUAUCAAUUGGAGAGCAGAUAAGCCAUCAGCACUCUACUGGGUAGAGACACAAGAUGGAGGUGAUGCGAAAGUGGAAGUUUCUCCACGUGAUAUAGUUUAUACAGAGCCUGCUGAGGCACUAGAAGGUGAACAGCCAGCAAUCUUACAUCAACUUGAUCUCCGUUAUGGAGGUAUUUCUUGGUGUGAUGAUUCACUGGCUCUAGUUUAUGAAUCUUGGUACAAAACGCGGCGAACAAGAACCUGGGUGAUUUCUCCUGGAUCUAAAGAUUCUAGUCCACGCAUCCUAUUUGAUAGGUCAUCAGAAGAUGUAUACUCUGAUCCUGGCUCUCCAAUGUUUCGGAGAACUCCUACUGGAACUUAUGUGAUUGCAAAGAUAAAGAAGGGACAUGAUGAUGAAAGCUAUUAUAUUAUACUGAAUGGAAGCGGUGCAACACCAGAAGGGAACAUUCCAUUCCUUGAUUUGUUUGACAUAAAUACAGGCAGCAAAGAAAGAAUAUGGCAAAGCGACAAAGAAAAGUAUUAUGAGAGUGUUGUUGCUUUAAUGUCUGAUCAGGAAAAAGGGGAUUUGUGUCUGGAUCAGUUGAAAAUACUGACCUCCAAAGAGUCAAAAACUGAGAACACCCAAUACUAUAUCCUGAGCUGGCCAGAUAAGCAAGCAUGUCAAAUUACGAAUUUCCCUCAUCCGUACCCACAGCUGGAAACAUUGCAGAAAGAGAUGAUCAAGUAUCAGAGAAAAGAUGGGGUUCAAAUGACUGCAACACUAUACCUGCCACCAGGCUAUGAUCCAUCAAAAGAUGGACCUCUUCCAUGUCUGGUUUGGUCUUACCCUGGUGAAUUUAAAAGCAAAGAUGCUGCUGGACAAGUUCGUGGUUCUCCUAAUGAAUUUCCUGGAAUAGGUGCUACAUCAGCCCUUCUUUGGCUGGCUAGAAGGUUUGCUAUUCUAAGCGGACCAACGAUUCCUAUUAUUGGUGAGGGUGAUGAGGAGGCAAAUGACAGGUAUGUAGAGCAGUUGGUUGCGAGUGCAGAGGCUGCAGUUGAGGAAGUUAUCCGACGUGGAGUGGCCCAUCCAAACAAAAUUGCUGUUGGGGGACAUUCCUAUGGGGCAUUCAUGACAGCAAACCUCCUAGCACAUGCUCCUCAUCUUUUCUGUUGUGGAGUUGCUCGCUCUGGUGCUUACAACAGAACACUUACUCCUUUUGGUUUUCAGAAUGAAGACAGAACUCUUUGGGAGGCAACAAGUACUUAUGUAGAGAUGAGUCCUUUCAUGUCAGCUAAUAAAAUUAAGAAGCCAAUAUUGCUUAUCCAUGGAGAAGAAGACAAUAAUCCUGGAACUUUAACAAUGCAGUCAGAUCGUUUUUUCAAUGCCUUAAAAGGUCAUGGUGCUCUUUGUCGCCUUGUGAUUCUUCCAUAUGAGAGCCAUGGAUAUGCUGCACGUGAGAGUAUCAUGCAUGUACUCUGGGAAACUGAUAGAUGGCUUCAGAAGCAUUGUGUGUCAAACACUUCUGAUGUAAAAGCAGAUCUUGAUGCAUCUAAAGAUGAUCUAAGCAAAGGGACUACAGAUUCAGAAAGCAAAGCAGUUGCGUCUAGUGGAGGCGGUGGUGCUGAGAUGUCAGAUCAUGAAUGUGAAGGAUUUCACUCAAUAACAAGGUCAUCAUUAUGAUUGAAUUGCUGAUCAUUGGUCAUUGGGGAAUGAAGUUGAAGCGUGAAUGGUGCACAAAUCAAAUUCAGAACAACGCAGAUAUACAUCAAUUUUACAAUAUUGAAUCCUGCUUCCAAACUGUCAUUCAUAAUUGGGACCCAAAAUGUCUCAAAUCAAAUUCAGAACAGCACAGAUAUACAUCAAUUUUAUGAUAUUUGAACGUUGCUUCCAAAGUAUAAUUCAUAAUUGAGGCCCAAAAAAUGUCACUGAUCCAAAAUUUACAUCAAUGCAUAUGGCAGGUUGCCGACGACCACUUAUGGAUUUAUUCGGAUCCGUGUUUCCUGUAUUGAUUGCUAGUGUUAAUAAAGCUUUUACUCGAAAUAA